AUGGGCGUUUCUAAAUCCCUCCCUCGGCUUCGCGAAGACGCUAAGAGAUGGCUUAUCAUUCCCCGGGGUCUAGUGCGCAUUGUUAUUAUUAUCUCGAUGGGGUUGACUGAAGUCACCUUUGAAAAAUGUCAACUAGCCCCCCUUACACUUGCUAUCCGGGCGAUUCCCACCCAGCAGCCAUACUCGGUGCAGGAGGUCUACGUUCAGUCCAACAACGUUGUCGGGGCCCCGUCAAGUCUUCCAUUCGUUGCUAUUUACGAUCGACCCCCAGGACCAGGGGAACACGAUAUCGUUCUCAACGCCAAUGAUUCUCUUGAAAUCACUAGGAUGUUAUUCUGA